AUGCUGUCAUAUUGCUACCAAUUGCAAACAGACGCGUUACGGCUGCCGAUGUCACUUGCGCGACCUGAUGUAUGCAAAUGUACAGCAGUUAUCAACUUAUCAGCUGUAACUUUAAAAUUUUAUUUCACAGGAGUGAAGAGAGUUAGGGGAGGUGCAGAAGGUGUGAUAGGACUGUGUAAGUCCAUCACAACAUGUAAACAUCAGCUGAGAAGGGCUGAAAGUCAGCUGAGUGCGGCAUGGCGUAUAUGUGUGUUCUUCCAGCCAGCGCUGUUGCCACGCAACACGCAUCGUGAUGCAGGCAUUCUUCCAGUAGGACGAAGUGCUCGAAAUUUAGCCGCGUCGAUCACUCUGAAAGCAUGCCGGGCGUGUAUAUGGAUCAACCGGGAAGAAGGUAGGGACAACGAAGUGGCUUGCCUUGAAGAACGAACUCGGAAUGAAGGCGAAAAAGGACAGUCAACUUCAACAAUGAUUGGAAUUGGAAAAAAGGAAAAGAAACCGAAAGAUGGAUACUUUAAUUUUCGACCGGUAAAUGGCUGGACCGACGAAAAUGGAACUCCUGGAUUUCCCACUUCCUAA